AUGGCUUUUCCGCCGCUUGCGCAUCCUGGACCUGCCGAGGAUCAGCUAUUAGUGUUGCAGGGCGACCAUAGGUCCUCCUACGUAUGGGAGGGACAACUAUCGGAGCAGGCUCUCCGCCCCAGGAGACUUGAUGAUUUGUGGGAGUUCAUGGCGGAGCAUCCUUUCCAUGCUCGCAUAGUCGCGCGCUUACAGGCUACGGGCUUCUAUACUAUUUUUGAGCUUGGACGGAUGCAGCUCGAUUGGUCUCUUAUCACGGCGUUGGAUCUUCAGGUUUUGUACGGGAUGCGCGUAGAUGGACGGGCUGUGACACUGCCCCACUACAUUAGAUCCUUGACGCGCACCCAGUUUUUGGAUAUGAUAGGGCAGCUUACUGGUUUUAGACUAGAGGGUGGCGCUGGGGGCAGUCGCGUUCUUUUGUCAGCCAUUAGAGAUCAUAUGGCUUUUUUGCACCCUGACAUUACCGGGGAGACGGAGGAUCUCCACAUUGAGAGAUACACGCGGUUGGCACUGCUCCUGCUUUUCGGGUGUGUCUUGUUCACAAACACUUCGGGGAGUACUGUGAGUCUUCGCUUUCUCCAUCAUCUUCAGCGGCUGGAUGAUUUACCUCAGUACAGCUGGGGUGCUGCUGUUCUGGCAUACCUGUAUAGGAGCAUGUGUCGGGAGAGCAUGGGUCCAGCGGUGGACAUAUGUGGUUUACUGCCCCUCCUACAGCCACCUCUACCACCACUUGCGCCCGGUCAGGCUUAUCAGUUUCUCCCUCUAGCUUCUAGGUGGAUUCUCCAGCGUGGGAACUACCGAGGGAGCGAUGCUCAUCAUAAUCUCCCCCUUGUCAGGGAUGUGUUAGAUAUGCUGUUCGUCUGGACGCCAUACAACAACGAGUUGCUAGCUCAGCUGCCUGAUAUUUGCUCGGCCGACAGACUGCUUUGGAGAACCUCCGUCCCGAUGAUCUUCUUCGAUCAGGUUGAGUAUCAUGCCACAGAGCGUGUGCUUCGCCAGUUUCACCGUCCCCAGCCUAUACCGGGGGAGCCUGGAUGGGAGGCUACACACUAUCAGCGGGACGACCGUGCCAGGGUGGACGUUACAUAUAUGGCAUGGCUAGAGCAGCAGGUCCAUACUUGGGAGGAGCGAGGUCACCGUAUUCCGCCAGCACCUACAUUUACCCAGGAGGCCACCAUUCACCUGUAUGUGUCAUGGUAUCGCCAUCACACCCGACGGAUGAUCGGGAACCCCAUUCAUGUGCUUGGCGAUCGCUACAGACCAUACGUCGGGAGGCACGAGGCACUGGCUAUUGGGACUCAUAGCCUCUACCAGUUGGGCCAGGAGAUGCGGCAGCAUGACGACAAUCCUGCACUCGUUGACUAUGGCCGGCGGGUGGAACAGCUGGCUCGUCGGACCCUGCUUCAGGCGAGAGAUGCUGCGAGGGGACGGCGAGGAGGUGGUCCCCAGCAAGGGGUUUAUGAGGCACUUCUUGGCCCACCUGUUGAGGGACAUGAUGGGAAUUUUGGAGAUGAGUCUCUUGGAGAUGAUCAGUCGGGUUAUGGACCUCAGGUCGAUGAGCCAUCCAGCAGCAUGCCAUCGUACAACCUUCAGCUAUCUCUGCCAGCAUCGCAGGUCACCCCAUCAGGAGCAUUGUCGAUCACGGGUACAUUCGACGGGGAUGUAGACCAGUACUUUGCAUACCCAUCUACUGCAUCUGAGGAUCGGCCCACCCGGGACGUUGAUGGCGGGCGUAGGUUGAGUUAUGCCUCAUCCCCGGCGGUUGAUGCGGAUCUACCACAGGCGCAGGUAUGUUUCAUCCCAGCCCAUCUUCGAGGCCACUACAUGCUUUAA